CUGCAGAUUGCCCCUAGGACUUCGCUACGCUGGGCCCUGCUGGCACCAGCAGUGUGCUGGCUUCUUCUUUGAGUCUCAGCAGCUUGGAAGAUGAAUGACAUCAGAAUGAGCUUUCAACUUUCAACCUUGAGGGCGCCAAAGUUCGCUCAAAGUCCUGCCAAUCCAAGCGAACCAAGGCUUAUCGCCGACUGAGGCCUAAAAACCUGACCUUGAACGCUUGAAAGUCCAGAGCAAUACUUUAUUGAGCAUGCAAUCAGAAAGUGUCCAUCUUGUGCCCACUGUUUCCUUCAUCCCCGUUCUUGUUAGCUUUAGUUGAUGGCAGCUUGGCCCUUUGACACCCUCGGCAAGAUGACAAGCUGGGUACGGAGCCCCAGUAGCGAGCCCUCAGAAUUCGGGAUUGGAGACGCGCCUUCACCUGGGAGUAGACACGAACCUGCACAAGAAGAAGCAGGCACAGGAGCUGGAACCAGCAAAAAGCUGUACCCUGAGGUGUUCGGAAGCCCGUCGUCCAGUGAAAGCCCUGGUCAUUUUGCAUCUCUGUCCAGGAACCUCCCGCCAAGCUCCUUUGGGAAGGAGCUAGACAGGGGUUCCGGAAAGCAGGCCGAGGCUCCACGGAGACCGAAGGCAGAUCUGGUGGCGGAUGCAGGACAACAGCAAGGGAAAAGCGCUGGAGGGGUGAAGGUUGACGGCAAUUGGUUCUAUGCACCCUCAGCACCACCGUUUUUGCAUGGGGAGACUUCUCAGGUGGGGGGCCCUUCUGGACAAUCAGAGAACGCUGGUGGUAGUGACCUUGGCACCGGGGGUGGGUUUGUCCAGUGGAGGGAAACGGCUGGGAAGGCCGAAACGACGAGGGCUUUCAAGUUUGAAUCUUCAGGGGGGCGAGGCAGUCAAUACCACUCAAGACCACUCCUUGGGGCUGGAAGUGGAGAGAAGAGCGGGGUGUCUCGCACGCCGGAAGGGCCGGCUACGAGGCGUGAGGAGCAUGAGAAAUUGAGGACGCACUAUCGGGAGGAGUUGGCGAGACGAGAACAAGAGGAGAUGCUGACGGAGCGUCAGAAGCAGCUCAUGCGAAAACGGCCACCUGCGCCAGCCGCCGAGGAAGACGACGAGUCAGAAGAAAAUGCACUGGAUACAUUACUUGAACGGGUGAAGAUCCAGUGGUAUCCCAAGGAAGUUUGGGCCAAACUGCGGUUUGAGGACGACUAUGAGAAUCUGUGGGGCUUCAACUUCGACGUCGUGAACCGGAGCGCUAAGCUGACGCUGCGCAAGGCACGCAAGUCGUGGUGGCGCGCCAGCUACAGCGUACAAGACAUGAACCUGGUCGUCCUUACCAAGAAGCUACCGAUCCCGUUCCUGGGAGCGAAGAUGGGAAAGCACGUGCCGCCAGCGAUGCAGCCGCAUCUUCAGUUCGGCUUCGGGUACGACUUCUCAAAUCACACGAAAGGGUUCCGCUGGGCGCUGACGACUCCGAUGCAAGCGGCUGAGGGGCGGCGAGGCAACAAAGAAAAGUGGAACGUUCUCAACUCACCCCUGGACGUGGGCCUCAAGUGGUCGGCUGACGUCAGCCUGCCCGAGUUGUCAGGAGCCAUGGGAACAGCAGAACCCCGCAUCUCCUCCGACAUCGGAAACUACUUUUUCUCAAUCGACAAGGCCUUCUGCACUUUCACGAAGAGAGUUUGAUCACUGUCCAUAGCAGGAGGAGAAGUAGGUCUGUCUAAGUUACGGCAUCAGCUCGGGUUGACGUGCGGAGCUCUGCACGUGGUCCUCUGCUUUUGCGCAGGACACGAUUCGGACCGCGACGAUGAACAUAGUGACUUUGCAGCGCAACUUGUGUCUCGAAUCCGAUCGAACAUGCAGGCACGCAUAAGGCCUCUUGUAUGGGCCAGCUUUUAUGAUAUUUGAGGGCGAACUAGUGUCCUGUUCAGGAAGAUUCAAAUGUGCCAGGAGGUAUACGCCUCUCAGUGUGUGUUACAACCGUCAAUGUGGCAAGCUCAUUUCGCAAAGGGGCCUCUAGACGAGAUCAUCUCGUGGAAAUUGAGAUGAAAGGAAGUGCCUCUGAAUAUCUAGCGUCUGCAAGUGGAUAACCCGGAG